AUGGAAAAAGAGCAGCUUUGCUGUAAUUGUGGGAAAUCAGUUAGCCCAAGUGUGUAUGAUCUUCACAUUGCCCACUGUGAAAGGUUCAUAUUCCAGUGCAUAUGUGGGGAUACUGUCAGCAUUAAAGACUCAGAAGCCCAUAUGGCGCUGAAACACAAAAGCACUGAAUGUGUGUAUUGCCAAGCCAAAAUGGAUGCUUGGGAGCUUAAUACCCACUCCUGCCCUCACAAUUUCUUCCAAUGCCCAUUUUGUGAGUGCAUAUUUUCAGAAUUUGAGUCCACUGAUCAUGAGGACCUUUGCUCUAUCAGAACAGAACAAUGCCAUAAAUGUUUGGCAUAUGUCAUGAGGAAGGAUUUGAAAGAGCACUUGGAAAAUGAAUGCAUGCCUUCUCUCUCAGACUUUGGAGUACCAAAAAAGAAUCAGCCUAGUCCUUCUAAGAGAAAAAAAUCCAAUCAAUGGCAAACAGUUGAGAAUUUCAAGGUAGAAAAGCCGAAAAGUAGGCAUGCUUUUGGGAAGGAAGAUUUUGAUAGACUUUAUGCUGAAGAGCUUAUGGAAGAAAUGAUAUAUGAAGAUAUGGAAGUGGAAAUUGAAGAUUAUGAUGUAUAUAAUAGGCCAAAGAAAAUUAGAAGCAAUAAAAAGAAGCCAAAAGCUGUACAAAUUUUGGAUGAAAAUGAAAUUGAUAGAAGAAUAAGGUAG